UGAUCACACUGAGCGCAAUAAAGUACGAAGCGUCAUCUGGAUAUGUGUGCACCAAAAGUUCAACAUUCACCUUCUGCUACCAUUUCUGUCCAGCCGUCAACGCAUACAGUUUCACGCAUACGUCACCGUGCGCGCAACAAAGAACGCACUGCAGGGUAAACGCAACGUUCCAUUGGACACGAAGGUACUUACUAAAUAAUGCCUAACACUGUCGGUGUGAUCAAGGCGGAAACAAAUUAAACUAAGACCCAUGCAGUAUUUAUUUUUAGGGAUUUUAAAAUGUAAUUGUAUUCCUGGACUUUUCACAAGUACCACGAUAUGCGUUGUAUAUGGUUGCCAGUGUAAAGAGAGUAAUGCUACUUUCAGAAUAGUUUUUUCUUUCAGAAUCAGAAGUGGUUACAGAACCUCUGUUACUAAGUGACACCCAAACCUGCUUGGCAGGCCUUGCUGUUAUUAUGAAAGGAGAAGCGGAGUCCCUAGUUAUGAAAGGGUGACGGGAAGUGUCCUUUUUCUGAAGCUGGAGACAUUAUUAGGUGUCGCCUUUUGCCCAAUCUCAUAAGGCUCAAGACUACUAAAGAGAAGUUAACAUCGUUUUUGAAUAUCUUUUAGCCGGUAAUCCCAUCCGCGACAUGCACGCACACAGGGAGAUGAACAGUGAUUACCCCACAGGUGGGCAAAGCCCCGGUGAAAAAGAGACGGAACCACCACCGGCAAACGCUGCAAUCGACAUGUAUCAUCAAAGUCCUGCGGCGUCACGACUGUCAAGUAGUCUACUGACGCUGCCUAAAGAGUUACCGGCAUUCUGUGCGUCCAACCACGGCAUGCUCGUGAUGAACCCGGGGUUGCUGAAUUCACGGGCCGGUUCUCCUGAUUAUUCGGAGACAUGCAUCGAUAAUCUUAACAAUAAACGGAAGAAACAUGCGAUCCAAACAAGGCAGGAACGCUUCGCAGGUUCCGGAACCGUCUGUUCAAUGGGCAGUGGUGCCAGUAGACUCUACAGCUCCCUGGCCCAGACACUAGUCAGCACCAGCACCACUACCACCCCCCUGGCCCAGACCCUAGUCAGCACCAGCACCACUACCACCCCCCUGGCCCAGACCCUAGUCAGCACCAGCACCACUACCACCCCCCUGGCCCAGACCCUAGUCAGCACCAGCACCACUACCACCCCCCUGGCCCAGACCCUAGUCAGCACCAGCACCACUACCACCCUGCUGGCCCAUCACCAGGACCCCCAGCACCCCUCCCCCUCACAGGGGUGUCACUCUCCCCCGGGGGGGCACCCCCUGGAGCUGCUGAGGGAGUGUGAGGAGGCUCUACGGGACAGGCCUCCUCGCCUCCUUAGAGCCUUCAUCUGCCCCGGGGAGGGAGAGGUGGACAGGGAGGAAGUGGACAACGAUGCCACCCAGAGGACCAUCAGAGUUAUGCAGUGGAACAUACUGGCUCAAGCUCUAGGUGAAGGUAUGGACAGUUUCGUCAACUGUCCCCUGGAAGCCCUGAACUGGGCGGAGCGUAAAUACCUCAUCCUAGAAGAGAUCCUCACCUACCGACCUCACAUCCUGUGUCUACAGGAAGUCGACCACUACUACGACACCUUCCAGCCAAUCCUGGCCAGCCUGGGUUACCGCGGCAACUUCUGCCCCAAGCCCUGGUCUCCGUGUUUGGAUGUGGAGGGCAACAACGGUCCGGAUGGAUGUGCUCUGUUCUACGAUGAAGCCCGGUUGGACUUGGUGGAUAGUGUGAAUGUCCGGCUGUGUGCCCUUUUCACACCCACCAACCAGGUGGCGGUCGUCACGACGCUACGUUGCAGGGUGACAGGCCGGCGGCUGUGUGUUGCCGUGACGCACCUCAAAGCCCGGAGCGGCUGGGAAUGCCUCCGUAGUGCCCAGGGUUCCGACCUUCUCCGGAACCUCGCCACCCUCACCCAAUCACCGGGGGGUCCUUCGGAUCCCAUCGGCGUCGCCCCAGACACCCCUCUCCUCGUCUGCGGCGACUUCAACGCUGUGCCUUCCGAGGAUGUCUACCAGCGUUUCGCCUCGUCACCGUUGAUCCUUGACUCCGCCUAUAAACAGUUAAGCCGGGACGGGCUUUCAGAACCGGCCUACACCACGUGGAAGAUCCGGCCGACGGGAGAGUGUUGCACCACAUUGGAUUAUAUCUGGUACUCUAGAGAAGCUUUCAGUGUGGACGCCGUAUUGGAUAUGCCUACAGAGGAACAGAUUGGCCCCAACAGGCUUCCGUCUUACAGCUACCCCUCCGAUCACCUCUCGCUGGUGUGUGACUUCAGCUUUAAAAAGCAGCAGGAGGAGUGAAGAGGAUCACAUGGACACUUGAUUGACAAUUCGAGGGAUGGAGGGAACAGAACGAGAUAUGGAGGGGACAGAAGUGCCACUGUCCCUCCGAGUCCGAACCCAUCUCUCUGGGGUAUGAUGACUGGAGAACAGGAGGAGGGAAGUAGGGAGGAGACAACCCGCUUGGUGUGAGCUUACUUUUCAGAAGUCAUGUUAUCGAUUUUAAACACUCAAUGAAGGAGAGACCGAGAGGAAUGGACUGGACAGACUGCUGACACUAGGCUCUAUGGUUCCUGUCUACAGUAGAGGUGCUGUUGUUGUACCUCUGACACUGUGAUGAUUGGACUGGACAGACUGCUGAAACUAGGCUCUAUGGUUCCUGUCUACAGUAGAGGUGCUGUUGUUGUACCUCUGACACUGAUGAUUGCACCCUACCUGCUACUAUUCAACUCUACUUGUCCUGGGCUGCUUCAGUUCAAGGGGUUAGCCGGCUAACUAGGAGUUAACUUGCCUAAAUAUUACAGUGCAUUUUGGGAAGUAUUCAGACACCUUGACUAUUUUCUAAAUGUGGUUACAUUAGUCUUAUUCUAAAAUGUAUUAAAUUAAUGUUUUUCAUCAAUCUUCACAAUACACCACAAUGGACAAAGCAAAAACAGUUUUUUUUAGCAAUACUUUGCUAUGGGCCUUGAAAUUGAACUCAGGUGCAUCCUGUUUCCAUUGAUCAUCCUUGAUGUUUCUACAACUUGAUUGGAAUCCACCUGUGGUAAAUUCAAUUGAUUGGACAUGAUUUGGAAAGGCACACACCUGUCUCUAUAAAGGUCCCGCAGUUGACAGUGCAUGACAAUGGAAUUGUCCGUAGAGCUCCGAGACAGGGUUGUGUCGUGGUUCAGAUCUGGGGAAGGGGGGUACCAAAACAUUUCUGCACUAUUGAAGGUCCCCAAGUAAACAGUGGCCUCCAUCAUUCUUAAAUGGAAGAAGUUUGGAACCACCAAGACUCUUCCCAGAACUGGCUGCCCGGCCAAACUGAGCAAUCGGGGGAGAAGGGCCUUGGUCAGGGAGGUGACCAAGAACCUGAUGGUCACUCUGACAGAGCUCCUCUGUGGAGAUGGGAGAACCUUCCAGAAGGACAAUCAUCUCUGCAGCACUCCACCAAUCAGGCCUUUAUGGUAGAGUGACCAGGUGGAAGCCACUCCUCAGUAAAAGGCACAGCCCGUUUGCCUAAAGGACUCUAACCAUGAUAACCAAGAUUGAACUCUUUGGCAUGAAUGCCAAGUGUCAUGUCUGGAGGAAACCUGACACCAUCCCUAUGGUAAAGCAUGGUGGUGGCAGCAUCACGCUGUGGGGAUGUUUCCCAGUGGCAGGGACUGGGAGUCAGGAUGGAGUCAAAGAUUAACAGAAAGUACAGACUGAUCCUUGAUGAACCUGCUCCAGAGCACACAGGACCUCAGACUGGGGGCGAAGGUUCACCUUCCAACACGACAACGCAGGAGUUGCUUCGGGACAAGUCUCUGUCCUUGAGUGGUCCGGCCAGAGCCCGGACUUGAACCUGAUCGGACAUCUUUGGAAAGACCUGAAAAUAUCUGUGCAGCGACGCUCCCCAUCCAACCUGAGAGCUUGAAAGGAACUUCCCAAAUACAGCUGUGACCAGCUUGUAGUGUCAUACUCAAGAACACUUGAGGCUGUAUACUUAUGGAAAUGUUUUAGCUUUGUCAUUACGAGGUAUUGUGGGUGUAGAUUGAUGAAAAAUUAUUACAUUCUAAAAGGAAUCUGUAACAAAAUGUGGGGAAAGUAAAGGUCUGAAUACGUGUUAAACAUGUUCAUCAGCACAGCAUUUCCUCAACUGCAGAGGGGGAUCUUGCUCUUACUGUGUGUGUGUGUUUGUCAUUUUCUGGUCUAAUACUGGUCAGGUGUGUCAUUAAUGCCUACUGAUACUUGUGCCAUGUCCAGUACAAAAACGUUAUUGAACAUAGAAAUACCACUAAAUAGAGCCAAUGUGAUUCCUUACUGUAUACGUCAGAGAUGAGCGUUUGUUCUAAAUAGCAUAUUUCUAUCUGAACGUACCCCUAAGGUACAUGUAAUUUGUAAUAUAAACAAACUUCCAGUAGUGUGUCUCUACAUUGUAUGGGCGGCCCCAGUAGGAAACUAAACCAUAUCCCUGGCAUGGUGCCACAUACUACCAACUGACCCAGUUAUUUCCAGUCCAUGAGCAUCAGUCCCAGGACAGUAGUUUAUGUGCAAUAAAAUAAUCUGCCCUUCU